AUAAAAUACAGCAAAAAGCCGAAAAGUAAAUGCAACUAAAAAGAGUAUCAAAAUAAUAGCAAUCCAGCUGUAUAAUCUAAAAAAGAAAUACUUUAUGUAACAACCAAAAUAAUAUGAAAUAAUUUUGAUUAAUAAUAUACUUUAAUGGCACGAUUAAAAGUUUCCAAGAAUUUUCAGUUAAUGCUUCGGGAGUAAGAAACGUAAGACAUUCAGUAUUGUACGGAUAAGAUAGUUCUAAAAGUCUAUAAUGCUGAAGAGUAUAAUAAAAAUCGCCAAGUAAAAAUGCCGCCUUUGCCUCAACAGCUUCACCAAGAAGACCAUUAUAACUUCCAUUGCCAUCAGGUGUCCCCCAUUUUGAAGUUUCUAUAUCACUGGGUCGGUAAUAGAUUGGUUUGAAAUUCAAUUUUUGUGAUAAAAGUCUUAUAAUCUGCAAAAUAGUUUCGUUCGUCAACUCCAAAAUCUAACGUUUAUUAUUUUAUAAAUUAAUGUUUAAAAAUAACUUCAAAUUCAAUUCCUAAAGCUUUAUUGGCUGAAUGAUGGUAUCUUUCAUAGAACAUCCGAGAAUAUUUUGUUACAGCUGAGAAAAAUAAAAUGAGGAUGAUAAAAAAAUUAGUUCGUGAACUUCCAAAAGGUGGUCCAUUAGAAAUUUAUAGAAAACGUGCAAGCUUCGAUUGGAAAAUAUUUAAAUUAAACAUCUUUAAUCGAGAGGACCUUGAAUAUGAGAACAAACUUUUCAAAUUUAUUGAAUCUAGGCCAGAGUUUCAUAAACCUAAAUAUUCUCUCUCAAUAGAUGAGGAUCGAAGGAGAUGUUUUAAUCAAAUUAAACUUCUUUUCGAAAACGAUUUUAUUAAAAGAGGAGAUAUUCCAAUAAAUUCACUUUUUUUCUAUAAUUCUUCACUACCUAUCAUCAUUGGUAUUUUUUAUAUGAUGACGCCUUCAGUCGUCUUUACUUUGGGUACUGAAAGACAUUUAGAAUAUUUUAAUAAAUUUUAUAAUGCUCAAUAUAGAUGUUGUUUUGCUUUAACUGAAGUUUCUCAUGGUACUAAUGCUAAAGGUAUGAGAACAACAGCCAAAUUUGAUGAAAAUUCGCAAUCGUUUAUUAUUAACACUCCAGAUUUUGAAGCUGCAAAAUUUUGGAUUGGAGGACUUGCACAUCAAGCUACUCAUGCACUUGUUUUCGCCCAACUUAUUACUCCGGAUAAUACUAACCACGGUCUCAAUAUUUUUAUAGUUCCCAUAAGAGAUCCACAAACAAUGAUUCCAUAUCAUGGAGUAACAGUAGGGGAUAUGGGGGAAAAAAUAGGUCUUAAUGGUGUUGAUAAUGGUUUUGUACUAUUUAAUAAUUAUAAAAUAUCGAAGGAAAAUUUGCUCAAUCGGAUGGGCGAUGUUACCCCAGAUGGAAAAUUUAUUUCACCUUUCGAAGAUUCUAAUAAACGAUUCGGUGCGUCUUUGGGAGUUCUUUCACUUGGUCGUGUUACUAUCACUAACAUUUGCAGUAAAUAUAGUAUCUUGGCUAUGGCUAUUGCUGUAAGAUAUUGUGCUGUGCGAAAACAAUUUGGUCCUUCUGAUAAAGAAGAAUGGCCAGUUAUUGAAUAUCAAGCCUUGUACGGAAGAUUGAUGCCAUUAUUGGCAGCAGUUUUUGCUAUUCACAUAUUUUCUACUGAUUUUUUAUCACGAGCUAGACAAUUUCAAAUUCGUAUGAUUAAUGCUCAACAUGAAGAUAAAAGUCAACUAGCUACUGAAGGUCUAGAACUGCAUGCAAUGUCGUCUGCAACUAAGCCGUUAUGUACUUGGACUGCUCGAGACAUUAUUCAAGAUUGUAGAGAAGUUUGUGGAGGAAUGGGUUAUUUAAAAGUCGCUCGAUUAGGAGAUUUAAGGAAUGACAAUGAUGCAAAUUGUACUUAUGAGGGAGAAAACAAUGUUUUAAUUCAACAAGCUAGCAAUUGGUUACUGAAUUUAUUUCAUUCCAGUAUGAAAGGUAAAUCGAUUCAAUCUCCACUUGGAUCAAUUGAUUUUAUUGUUGAUAGCGAAAAUGUUUUAAGAGAUCAAUUUAAUUGUACAACUAUUGAAGAAACAUUGGAACCCAAAAAUUUACUCCGAUGUUUUCGAUGGCUCAUUUGUUAUUACCUAAACCUAACUCACCAACGAGUAAAAACUUUAAGCAAAGAAGGCAAAAAUCAUUUUACAAUAAGAAAUGAAAGCCAAACGUAUUUUGCUAAAACAUUAUCCCUUAUAUAUGCGGAACAUAUAGUGUUUAAAAGUUUUUUCAAUAAAAUAAACGAUGAUAAUUGGAAUCACAAAGAAAGAAAAGUGCUCACAAAAUUAUGUUCACUUUAUGGUGCUUGGGUUCUUGAACGACGACUUGGUGAUUUACAUAGUGGAGGAUUUGCACAUACCACUUCCAAAAUAGGCUUAUUGCUUCGUGAAGGAAUUCUUAAACUUUCAAAGGAGCUUGUUAAUGAAGCUGUUGCACUAACAGAUGUUCUUGCUCCACCAGAUUUUAUUCUAGAUUCUCCGCUUGGGAUGUCUGAUGGCAAAGUUUAUGAGCAUUUAGAAAAAUUAUUAUUAGAAAAUGAAAACAAUUUUAAACGACCUGCUUGGUGGUCUGAAAUGAUAUCUAAGCUAUAAAUAUUAAUUUUUAUGGUUGUUUAUAAAAAUUAGUUAAACUAUAAGAAUGUGUCUUGUUUGUAGGUGCUUCUCUUUUAGGAACACAGCAAGACACUAUGUAACAUUAUGUCUAACAUAAGCGUUCCAUUUAGAAACACAAUUAAGUCCCGAGUCAGAAUUUUUUUCUUAUUUUGCUGCUGAACUUCCUGAAAGUCAGAAGCAUCAGCGGGAAAAAAUUAUUACUUUCCAUAGGAAAAAUAAUAUAAAAUAUUUUUAUAUUUUGUUGGUGAACCCUCUUAAUAAUUCCCAAUUCAGCACCUUCAGCAGCAUAAUAUUUUCAACAAAUUCAAGGGGUUCAGCCGGAAAAUAUAGAUUUUUAAGGGGUUCAGUAGCAAAAUUGUAGAAAAAUUCUGACUCGAGAUAUAAAAUCAUAUAUAGACGGUUUCUUUUUCUGUAUUUGGAUGUUUGUACUUUGAAAAAUAAGAAAUUUCAUUUAGGUCCGUUUGGCCCUAGACACAAAACAACAUACUUUGUAGCACAGUGUCUCGUUGUGUCUCCAAAAAAGCACUUUUUAUUUGAAGUGGCAAUUUUACAUUUGGGUUUGUAAUGUCUGAGUGUAUUUUAAUCAUUUUACAUAAUAAUUUUAUAUAUACCCAUAAAUAAAUCAUUGAAUAAAAA